GGUAUGCCUUUAUUUUAAAGGAAUUAUAUUAUAAUAUAGGGAGCUGAAAUUUAAAUAAAUAACAUUGUGAUGAUAUGGAUUUUAUUGUAUGUAGUAAUAUAAUUCUACAUGAAUUUAUGAUAUAAAAUAUAAUGUAACAUAUACAUAUAUAUAACAUAUUUGCUGUUGCCACUUAUAUAAUCUUUUACAGAGUUAUACAUAUUUCAAACAUGCACUUAUAAAAAUUGGGAUAUUCUCAAUAUGUCAUAAUUAAAUUUUUCUUGCUUAUUUUUUAAAUUUUAUGUAACAUUUAUAGUAGUUGUGUAAUAUUUUUGAGUGACAGUUCUGAUUUUUUUGAUUGAGAGUUUGAAUAUACAUGAUUUUCCAAAUAACUUAAUUGAUUGUUUUUCAUAUACAUAAGAUGACUCGUUUUGAAUCUAUAAACGUAAAUUACUCGUACACCAUCUGAUGUAAAUACAUAGUUUUUCUCUGUAUACAGACACAUAAAGCUCAUACGAAGAUGACACGUUUUUGUAUUACCUAUAUACCAUAUACCUAUAUACCAUAUUAACCUAUUUAUAUCGAAAAAUCACUAGUUUAGCAGAUAUCUUAACUUUAAUAUGUCAAAUAUAAUGUAUGAAAGACAAGGAAAGACGCGGAGCGGUAUUCUUAUGUUUACGUUGUCCUUGUUUAUGCGUUGUCUUCAAAAGAACUACUUACACCAGCUUAUGGCCCCCUCGAAACCAUUCACUUCUUAUCUGAGCUAUUUUUUUAUACAAUUGAUACAUUGUUGUAGGAGUAAUUUGCGUAUAUAAAUUAAAAUCGGUCACUCUGUAUAUACAGAGUGUUAUUGAACUGGUAGUACAAACCGAAAGGAAGUGAAUCUACAUGAAAAAACAAGUCAAAUAUAUGUAAUAAGAUCCUUUCAUAAGAAUUACAUUCUUUUUUUUCCGAAAAAAAUAAAUUUGAAAAUUUAUUAUGCGCGUGUACCAAGAUAGCUCUUAACUAAACAUAUGCAAACUCUAUUUUCUUGAAAACGAGGCUUGAAACAAAAAAAUUUUAUUUUAAAAUGUAUCGUGUACGCAUAUUUAGUUCAUGAUUAGUUAAGUUGAAGCAUAUUUGACAAAUUUUUUAAUUCAAUUUUCUCGAAAACAGUGCAUUAUAUGACAAAAUUUUAUUCUAUAUAUUUUUGACUUUACUUUUCAUGCAUUUAUCUUCUUUUGGUUUGUACCAUCUGUUCAGUAACACCCUGUAUAUUAUAUUUACUUAUUUAGGAUUUCAUUUACAUGAUAUAUGUACAAAUAUCAUAAAAAUGUUAUUUGUAUAUAAUAUAUAUAUAUAUAUAAUAGAAAUUUUGAGUAAUAUAUAAACUCGCGCACGCGCACAGAUGAAGAUCUUGUUGUAUCGCCAUUCUGUUGUGGUCAAACAAAUUCGACAGUACAUCAUCAUCUUUUCAAAUUGUAAUGUGUGUUAGUCAAAUUUUUCGAGAACUGUACUUUUCAUAAUAGUUAUACCUAAUAACUUAGUGAAUAAUAAUGUGUCGUAAAAAGAAAUAUCAUGGAAUAACAAUUUUUAUAGUUCGCUAUUUUGUUAUCGAACAAUUAAAAAAAGAAAUUAUCUGACAACAGUGCGAUUGAAAUAUUAUUAUUAUGAGAGAAACUCAUGCUAUUUUGAUAAAUAACGUGAUAAUGUAUUAAAUAAGGUAUUUGAAACGUUUUCCAACACCAAACGUUUUCCAAAAAAAAAUAUACCGGCAUGGUAUCAGUUAAUCGAUCAAAAUAGUAUAUUCGGAAUCUGCAGAUUUCAUCUAGCCAUGUGUAGUCAUGGCACACUGAUCCGUGUCCCAUGAAUACGUCGUCCAUGAAUAUUGCAACAUUAUUAACAAUGGAGCAAAGUACUGUUAAUUAUUAUGAUAAUUCCACUGUACUCGUAAUCCUGCAAAAAAGUAUGGUACAAAAAUCAUCGUAAUCAAAUUAGUAACGUGAUGAGUUUAAAAGUUGAAAGACUGUAUUUUUUAUUUGCCAUACACAAUUCAUUAUAUCGAAAAAGUGAAUAUCACAAUAAUAUUAUUGCUUCAAAAUAAUAAACGAACGUGUUUUUUUAUUCGUGUUAUAUUAAAGAAGUAUCUAUAAUAAAAUUACUGAGCAAUGAAUUUAUUGCUAAUAUUUAAUAGCAGUGUGCAUUUACAUUAACUACAUAUCUCUAAUAUAUUUGGAUCUAUUAUAAAGAAAGAAAGUGAUAAUAUAACAUAAGGAACAUGUUAUAAAGAUAUAACAAUAUAUUUACCAAUUUAUACAAACGUGCCAAAUUUAUAUACAAAAUGUUUGGUUCAACAACUCUAGUAAGCAGGUCAUUCCUAGCAAUUUUGAUAUUAAUGACAUUAUACUUCCUUGGAAUGGAUCUUCUAUUGUAUUCUAGAACACAAAAUUAUGAUAUAAGACCUAUAUCAAAUGGUACACAAUAUGUUUCAAUCAUACCUUGUGAUUUUAAUCCAUUGUGUACAGUGACUGUAAAAGGAUUAAUGCUUGAUCAUCCAAAUCAUUUUCUCUUGAGUCCUCUUGCAGCUAUCAUGGAUGAUCUAUUGCAUAUAAGCAGUUCUUGGAUAUGGGUGACACCAAACACAAUCAGUUGUUUCCAUGUAUUAAUAGCAGUGCUGGCUGGUAAAUGUGUUUCCAGUGAUUCGUUGUCUUAUAGACGUUUAGGUGUAAUACUGUUUCAAGCAAGAACAUGGUUGGAUGAUUUGGAUGGACAUGUUGCUAGAAAAAGAGCAAAUAUUAAUGGUGAACGAUCAGACAUUGGCUCAUCUGGUUACAUUAUCGAUGGUAUUUGUGAUGCUUUUGGAUGUGUUGCUUUUAUUAUUGGCUUAUAUCAAUUUCUUGCUCGUAACUCAAGUAGACGUGGAGGUUACGAUAAGCUACCACAACUUCCUGUAUCUUCAGUUUUGGAACCUGGAAAUGUAACUUUGAAAACUUCAAAUGCAGCACUUCGUAACAUAUUACUUAUCGCCGUCCAUUUGUUCCUCAGCAGUGCCGCCUGGAAUCGAUAUAUAUAUUUAUAUCAAGAUCUUCUUGAGACUGAAUAUAGAACAACACCGAUUAGUAGAGAACAUUUUUAUGCUAGACAAACAGCUAUAUUUAGAAGUUUAUCCUUUACAAUAAUAACCCUUUGUUGGAAAUUUUUGAAUUUUCAUGCUGUCAUGGAUUACUUGCUUUUGGCAAUAUUUUUUGAUCGUAUGCGGGAGUAUAUUAGACUUGUAAAGUGGUCUUUAUAUGUUCUUGUAUUAUUACUUGUUUAUGUAACUGAAUUUCAUUAUUUACGGGCCUAUACAUACAUGCAAGAUGUACCAUCAUUGAUUGAUGAAGAGAUAUCUUCAUCUGAUGUCUACACUCAAGGAUGACAGUGUGAAUCUUGGAAAGCAUUGUUUUCUACUAUUUGUUACUGGUGAUAUAAUGACUAAGAUGACUAUUGUACACUGAAAUUUGCAAAUUUGUCUACGAAAGCAAUAUGUUGAUAAAAUUUUUUGUAUUUUCUAUUUUUCUGCAUGUAUUUUAUAUACACAGCAGACUGAUGUAUAAAAAAAUGUGUAUAACUCCUUAAAUGAUAAGGUAAUAAUACUUUAUUACGAAUUAGCUUUAUAAAAAUAUAUGAUAUGUUAAUGUUCUAUUAUAAACAAAAUUUUCAACAGUAAUUUUCCUAAAUUAUUUGUAGAUCGUAAUAUGUAUUAGUUCACAUGUUGCUCUUUUAGAUAAACAUAAUUAUUAGUAAUAAUUAAUACUGAUUUACAUCACUAAAUAUUUAAUAAUACAUUUGUCUUCCUAGUUAAGCAUUUAUACAAUAUGUCUCAAUUUCAUAUUUGUAGAAUAUGGUUAUUAAAAUAUAUUGAUUAAUUGUCAUAGAUUAUUGAUUUUGGUGGUAUUGCUGUGAUGUUCGAUAUUAUUGGAAUACUUGGGGAUAAUGUUAAUAUCUACUUAUACGAUAAUACACAAUAACUUACACAUACUAUUGAAAAAUAAUGAUGGACCUUAGCGUAAAUUUUCAUAAAAUGUUUUCAUAAAAUGUCAAACCUCAUAAAAUGUUUUUAGUAUGUUUUUUAUACCUGUACUUCAAAAUAUCGCAUAUUUUGACUGUCAUUAUUAUAUGCAAUAAUAUUGUAUAUAUGCAAUAAAAUUGUAUUAUAUGCAUAACAUAAAUAUGUAUUUAUAUUAAAUAUAAGAGUUAAGUAAUAUAUA